AUGGUGGGGGAAAUCUGUCCCAUGCCGCCAUCCCCAGGUGCCGUUCUGAGUAUUCUCAGCUAUGUAAGCACCUUGAAAAGGAAACGUGAUGACCUGGAUGAUCAACUUCAACGCCAGCGAGCAUCUCGUUACAGGCAAGGCCUCCAGCAUGAAUCGGGUUCCUCAGGACAAGAAGCUACAGAGCAUACUGUUCAAGCUGCGAUGGGUGAGAUCGGUUUCUUGUCGCGCAGUGCAAUGGCAGAGCCACGUGAUGAAACCAGUGGUUUCUCAGAAGAACUCGCAAUGGGUCGCAUGGUUCGAGCUGCAUUGGCUCUGUCUGGUGCAAUACCAACCCAGUCGAGUAUCGAUACUCACGGGCAGAAGAUUGCGGAGAUGAAUGACCCCACCAUUCAUCUCCGCAGAAAACUAGCUGUACCUUUUUUCACUAGCUUCCUGGAAACGAUGGGGUCGCAAUUCAUUCACAUCGACUCAAAGGAUUUAUGGAGGGAUUUCGAUAGCACUUUCAAGGAUUCUGAUGAUACAGUAGGAAGCAACGCUCCGAAAUUUGCCGCAAAGGCAUUCGUUGUUUACAUGUCUGUGGCUACGGGCAUAUUGCUCUCCCGGGAGUCAGGGAGUCUCCAAGGGCUUGCUGGUGGUCUUCACCGAAAAGCAACCAAGCUUCUCCCAAGGAUCAUGGGCUCUGGUAAUAGGAUUGAAAUACUGCACUGCAUGCUCUCUUUGGUCCUUUACUCUAUGCAAAGUCCACAGGGCGGCUCCACGUGGCAUCUUGUUGGCCUAGCCAUGAAGAAGGCAAUUGCCUUCAGAUUCCACAACGAUCCAGACUUGUCGGUAAGUAUAUCUUCAAACGUGCUCAUGAUGCGGCGAAAUACCUUCUGGAGUCUCUAUAUUGUAGACCGGACAAUAAGCACAAUCAUGGAUCGACCAUUCAAUAUCGAGGAUGACGAAAUUACCGUACAAAGCCCCGAAGAGUAUAUGCAUGACUCGCCCCAUAUGAACAAUGCCUUGGCACGCCAUUCCAUCACGCAUGCUAGGCUCAUGUCUGGGAUCCGUGAUAGGGCCUCGAACAGUGUCCUCUUUCAUUACAGCAACUUUUGCUAUUGGAGAGACUUUUUCCGAGGCAUAGCGUCUGCAUCAAAAUUCACCCGCGGGGCAUACAUGCAACUGUCAAGUAGAGCCAUAGUUGAGAUCCUCAAGUCGAACGGUUCCACAAAUGUCGCAGCAAGCAUGAUCCACAGCUUUCAGACCAUUGAAAGGGAUAUCGUGACGACUUGCUCAGACUAUAUUGAACAUGAGUACCAAGGCUCCGACUGUGGUGAAUUUACUGGUGGUUUCGUGGAAGCAUACGACAUUUUCGCAGCAGGUGCAGUCAUUGUUUGUCUGACUGGGAGAUCUACGACACCAUUUGCAGAUGCCAACAUUAUAAAUAAAUGCACAGCUCUACUGACGACUGUGGGGGAGAGAUUCGUCGGCCUCAGGGUCUUUCGCCGAGUGCUUUGGGAUCUCUCCGAUGCCGUCUCGGGCAAUGCGAAAUCAGAUUCGAUCAUCCAUGAGCUGCCUCCGAUGAUUCCAGAUGGUAUUCGGGAUCUCAUAUUCGAGAAACUGCAACGAAAUACAGUCAUGGCCAACCAUUAA